CCCAAGGUGCAACCGGACAUGCUCAACGUGCACCUGGUGGCCCACACCCAUGAUGACGUGGGCUGGCUCAAGACGGUGGACCAGUACUUUUACGGCAUCCGCAAUGACAUCCAGCAUGCAGGUGUGCAGUACAUCCUGGACUCAGUAGUCACAGCUCUGCUGGCCAACCCCACCCGCCGCUUCAUCUACGUGGAGAUCGCCUUCUUCUCCCGAUGGUGGCAUCAGCAAACAAAGGCAACACAGGAGACUGUGCGGGGCCUGGUUCGCCAGGGGCGCCUGGAGUUUGCCAAUGGCGGCUGGGUGAUGAAUGAUGAAGCUGCCACCCACUAUGGUGCCAUCGUGGACCAGAUGACGCUGGGACUUCGCUUCCUGGAGGACACGUUCGGCAUUUAUGGGCGCCCCCUUGUGGCCUGGCACAUCGACCCCUUUGGCCACUCACGCGAGCAGGCCUCACUGUUUGCACAGAUGGGCUUCGAUGGCUUCUUCUUUGGGCGCCUGGAUUAUCAAGAUAAGAAGGUUCGGGAGAAGAUGCAGGAGAUGGAGCAGGUGUGGCGGGCUAGUGCCAGCCUGAAGCCUCCGGCUGCAGACCUCUUCACUGGUGUGCUCCCCAACUCGUACAACCCGCCAGACGAUCUGUGCUGGGACACACUUUGUGAUGACAAACCCGUGGUGGACGACCCCCGUAGCCCUGAGUACAAUGCCAAGGAGCUGGUCAGCUAUUUCCUGCAGUUGGCUGCUGUUCAGGGCCGGCACUACCGCACCAACCACACCAUAAUGACCAUGGGCUCGGACUUCCAGUAUGAAAAUGCCAACAUGUGGUUCAAGAACCUUGACAAGCUCAUCCAGCUGGUCAACGCCCAGCAGGCCAAUGGGAGCCAAGUCCACGUUCUCUACUCCACUCCAGCCUGUUACCUCUGGGAGCUGAACAAGGCCAACCUGACCUGGUCAGUGAAACAGGACGACUUCUUCCCCUAUGCCGAUGGCCCCCACCAGUUCUGGACUGGCUACUUCACCAGCCGGCCAGCCCUUAAACGCUACGAGCGCCUCAGCUACAACUUCCUGCAGGUGUGCAAUCAGCUGGAGGCGCUGGCAGGACCUGUGGCCAACGCGGGACCUUAUGGCUCCGGAGACAGUGCGCCCCUCAGGGAGGCGAUGGCUGUGCUCCAGCACCACGACGCGGUCAGCGGCACCUCCCGGCAGCACGUGGCAGACGACUACGCACGCCAACUCGCGGAGGGUUGGGGACCCUGUGAGGUGCUCUUGAGCAAUGCUCUAGCACAGCUUAGCGGCUCCAAGGAGAAGUUCACGUUCUGCCGCGAACUCAACAUCAGCUUCUGUCCGCUCAGCCAGACGGCCACGCGCUUCCAGGUCACCAUUUAUAAUCCCCUGGGGCGGAAGGUAGAUUCCAUGGUGCGGCUGCCUGUCAGCAAAGGCAUUUUCAUCGUGAGGGACCCCAAUGGUGCGACUGUGCCCAGCGAAGUGCUGAUACUUCCGGGCUCCCACAGUCAGGAGCACCCCCCAGAGCUGCUCUUCUCUGCCUCAGUGCCUGCCCUGGGCUUCAGCACCUACUCAGUGGCCCGGGUGCCUGGCCGGAGUCCAAAGGCCCACAUCAACCAACACAGACCCCAGUCCCGUGUCCUGGUCAUACAAAAUGAGCAUAUUCGGGCUUCAUUCAACCCUGACACCGGCCUCUUGGUGGAGAUGGAGAACCUGGACAAGAACCUCCGGCUGCCUGUUCGCCAGGCCUUCUUCUGGUACAAUGCCAGUACAGGCAAUAAUGUAAGCUCCCAGGCCUCAGGUGCCUACAUCUUCAGACCCAACCAACCAGAACCACUGCCUGUGAGACUCUGGGCUGAGACUCGCCUGGUGAAGACUGCCUUGGUGCAGGAAGUGCACUAGAACUUCUCAGCCUGGUGUUCCCAAGUGGUUCGCCUGUAUCCAGGAAAGAAGUACCUGGAGCUGGAGUGGACAGUGGGGCCGAUUCCCGUGGGUGACGACUGGGGAAAGGAGGUCAUUAGUCGCUUUGACACGACACUGGAGACGAAUGGACGCUUCUACACAGACAGCAAUGGCCGGGAGAUCCUGGAGAGGAGGCGGAAUUAUCGACCCACCUGGAACUUGACCCAGACUGAGCCAGUGGCAGGAAACUACUACCCGGUUAACAGCCGCAUUUUCAUCACGGAUGGAAACAUGCAGCUGACAGUGCUGACCGACCGCUCCCAAGGGGGUAGCAGCCUGAGCGAUGGCUCCCUGGAACUCAUGGUGCAUCGAAGACUGCUGAGAGACGAUGCACGUGGAGUAGGGGAGCCUCUGCAGGAAGCGGGCCCAGAUGGACAGGGGCCGGGGCUCUGGGUGCGAGGGCGCCACCUCGUGCUGCUGGACACAGCGAGGGCUGCAGCCGCCGGGCACCGACUGCUGGCAGAAAAGGAGGUCCUGGCCCCGCAAAUAGUGCUGGCCCUGGGAGGUGGCGCCCCCUAUCACUUGGGGGCUACCCCACGCACGCAGUUUUCUGCUCUGCGCCAGGAGCUGCCGCCCGCGGUGCACCUGCUCACACUGGCCCGUUGGGACCCAGGGACGCUGCUGCUGCGCUUGGAGCAUCAGUUCGCCGUUGGGGAGGAUACAGACGGCAACUUAACCUCUCCUGUGACAUUGGACUUGCGGGACCUGUUCUCAACCUUCACCAUCACCCACCUGCAGGAGACCACGCUGGCCGCCAGCGAGCCUCGGGACCAGGCCUCCAGGCUCCAGUGGACACUGAACACGGGCCCUGUAACCCAAACCAUGCCCUCCUUGCUGGACCCCGCCGCCAUCACUCUGCAUCCCAUGGAAAUCCGCACCUUCUUGGCCUCGGUCCAAUGGAAGGAGAAUGUCUAG